UUCGGAUAUAAAGAAGGUACGCGUGAGGACGUGACAGAACUUUCUGUGGCGCGAGACCGCGAACUGUCGCGCGCAUGUAUAUUUCCGCGCGGGAAUAGCCCGGGCGCCAUUUUAAAAUCCCUCAGCCUUGAAGAAGACGAGCGCAGGCCGGUUCGCGCCGGCUGUGACCCGGUUCUGACCGGAGAUAACCGGGUUUGGAGAAACCUGACGAGUUUGGAGAAAAACCACACGAUUUCAGAGUCUUAUUUCAGCACCAUACAGAGGGAUGUACAGCCGUAUAUGAGAAGAAUUUUAACUGUUUGGAUGUUGCAGGUGUGUGAGGAACAGAGGUGCGAGGAGGAGGUGUUUCCGUUGGCAGUUCAGUACCUGGACAGGUACAUGGCUCACUAUCUUGUGGACACAUCCAGUCUACAGCUGCUCGGCACCGUCUGCAUGUUCCUUGCCUCCAAACUAAGAGAGACAGUUCCUCUGAGCGCCGCUAAGCUCUGCAUCUACACCGACAACGCCGUCUCUGUCACACAGCUACUGCAGUGGGAGAUAGUGGUUGUGUCUAGGCUGGACUGGGAUUUGGCCUCGGUGCUGCCUUCCGACUUCCUGGAGCCACUACUGCAGGGCCUUCCCAUAAUUACUCAUGACCUCUCAGUCCUGCGCAGACACACACACUCCUACAUCGCUCUAGCUGCUACAGAGUUCACAUUUUCAAAGUAUCGGCCCUCCAUUGUCGCCUGUAGCUGUGCGGCUGCUGCAGUUCAGCGUCUGAACCUGCUGGAGGGCGUGUUGUCCUGCGACACACUCCUGCAGCUCAUGGCUAACGUCUUAGACGCUGACCUGGUGUGUCUCUGUAACUGUUACGCUGCCUUGGAGGAGACUCUGAAGCUCACUCUGCCCCCAAACACACCCCUGUGCAGGUCUUGAUCACCUGUUCAUGAGGUCAGCAACACACCUGUAAGGUUCCAGGAAGUCAAACGGUCACCUCUGAGCUUUACAGAAUCACCCAGACGUCUCGUUAGCUCCUGUUCGUUAGAAUUGCUAUUUUAUUUCACUGUAAAUCAGUAUGUCCCAAUUGAAAAGAUCAGUCAGCACACGCGUUAAUUUAAUACACACAUCAGUUAUCUCGACUAAAUUGUAGCUUUUGGUUGAUGCUACCCGUUUCUAUUUUCAUUUAAAUUAAAAUACUACAAUUAUUACCAUAGCUCAUCUUUUAAAUAGUAAUUAUAUUAUACUACAGAGGAUCGGCACCCUGUCCAGGGUGUACCCCGCCUUGUGCCCGAUGCUCCCUGGGAUAGGCUCCAGGUUCCCCGUGACUCUGAAAAGGAUAAGCGCUAUAGAGGAUGGAUGGAUGGAUGAUACUACAGACAAUCUAAGAUGCCCAAGUUAGGAUUAAAGUACACUUUAAUAUUCAGACUGUAAUUAGGAUGGUUAGUGGUGUAGAAUUUCACCUGUAAGCUGCACAUCCACUAAAUUAUCUGAUCAUUAUUUCCAUUAUGUCUUCUGUAUUCCUUCUCGAAAUAAAUUAACACACCGUAGCACAAGUAACUAAACUGCUGCUUUUCAGUUUGAGAGUUCAAAAAGCUUUUAGUUCACCAAAUAUAUAUAUAUAUAUAUAAAAUGAAAUGUGUGUGUUUGUUUUAAAUGUUAAUGUUUAUUGUGGGUGUUAAACCGCAUGCUUGGCUCAUAUCCUUCACAUUUUGUAUGUUUUUGCACAAUGUUUGAAUUUCCCAUUUGACCUUUGCAUGCUUGACUACGGCUGCUUUCACAAUGUCAGUGUCUGAGUGCAACCAAAGUUUUAGCUUUAAAUUACUGCUUAAAUAAUACAACACUGUUCUUUAAAAAAAAAAAUUGUGUUUAAUUCUUAUUAUUGUUUCAACUUCACAUGACACAAGUGAUUAAUUUGCUCUCUUUCCUCAAAGCCAUGUUUUAUAUCAGGAUAACAGUUUAAGAUGUUAUUUAAUUUGUUAUAAAUUAGUAUUAAAAGUUAAACAGAAUGCUCUUAUCGUCAGUCUCCUCUCCAGCGGAGCUCAGCUGAGUGAAUCUCUCAGUAUAUUGUACAACUGAUUAUUGGUACAUGCCUGAUUACCAUAGACAGAAGUAGAUCGUUGUUCGCUUUGAUCUUUGGCUUCUCAACAAACUUCAGUAAUCAGACUUUAUUAUUUGACCCAUAAAACUAAUCAUAAAGCCCGGCUGUGAACUAUUAAAUGAAAAGAUGAAAACGAAAGACGAUAGUUGUGUUUGAGAGUUUUUAUUGGCCCACUGAUCCAGUAUCGGUUUUUAAAAGGUCACUCUGGCGAACACGGUGUGACGCAGGUUGACCCUACGACGUUGCAGGGUU